AUGGACCCUGCAAGGCCAUCUUUAGCCGUACUUGGACUCGACAUCAUCAGCGUGAUCAUGGACAUGCUCCAGGACACCUCUCCAUCGUCCGUCGCAAGCAUGGCUCUCGAAGGAGGUAGCGAUGCCGCGAAGAGACGGUUGUUGCAGAUGGAGAAGCAGGAUCUGCUCCCUGCUAUCCGCAGCCUGACAGUUGAUGACAAUACCAGUUCGCGUCAGCCUCGCGACGACACCAUGCAUAUACUUUGCAGGCUGCUCCCGCAGAUGACAGGUUUGCGAGAUCUGACCUGGAGCAGCAACUUCAUGCCCGCCAAGAUCCGCGCAGCGCUUGAGAGCUGUCCGAGUGUUCGUCUGCACACAAGGUUCGACGAGUACCGGGCGCUGACGCAAGUCAACAAGCCCUGCAACCUGGUCACGCUCGCAGGUAGCCGCAAUCUCAGCUCAUUGCAGGUUGUCUACGAGGAGGAGCGAGACGAGUAUUGCGGGCUCGGCUUUACCGGCGGUGAGCAUCCAGCGGCUCUCGAAGAGCUCGUACUCAGGCACUAUCCCUUCGGUCGCGCAUGCUUGCCACGAGUGAUGGGAUCUGUGAACUACCCUUCCGAGAUGGAUGAGAUGGAUUACUGGGCUGCGCAUUUCGACUGGUCAAGGCUGAGACGACUCAAGACGCCCUCCCUACAACUGGUCCGCCAAAUACUGCCGCGCCUAACCGCGUUGCAAGAUCUAUCGCUUCAAAUACACUACGCAGGCGAUGAAGUAGUCGGUGCUGUCCUCCUGGAAGUCCCGGCAUCGUUAACGAGCAUCACCAUGCCGUUCUUUGGUGACACUACUCUCCAAGGCAUACUUCGACACGCCAAGACGCUACGUAAGCUUGAUUUACACCAGCUGUACGAUCACGGAUGGGACAGCUGGUACGAACGAGCUGAGCGAACACGACGAUGGUGUCAGAUGCUGCGAGACGAGUGUUCGCUCGUCGAAGAGCUUUCGCUCGAUGUCGUCCGCGACGGAGCCUGGCCUUUCGAGCUUCUGGACACCUUGGCCAGCUUUCCGCGCCUACGGCAGCUCGAUAUAUGGCUUCAGCUUGGUGCUGAGGGGAGUACGACUGAGCCAAAGAUGACCUUCGAGGCCGCGGCAAUGCUGUACAAACACCUUGAGGCGCACGGGCAGCAGCAGGGCUUGUCUCUGGACAGGAUUGGCUUCCAUUCGGGCAUGGCGUGGACGGUAGGACGUGGCUACUUGACCAGCGGCGGAGGCAUGGGCUGGGUAGAGGACCAAUGUAUGGCGUUCGUGUGUAUGCCGUCGGAGCGGGAAGAUGAGAGGGUUCUCGGCCGCUUUACGAUCAGCUGUCCAGUGCUCAGCGCCAGGGACGAUCAAGUGAAAGAGGUCGUUGCAAACGCGAGGGCCGCGAGACUGGAGAUGGAAAACGAGUCGGAAAUGUGGCAGUCGUUGACCAUUGCGUUGGAUGGGCCAAUACUGCAAGAAUUCAUUGGUUGUAUGAUGUUUGAUUGA